AAGCCAUAACUUUUUGAGAAUAGAUUUUCUAGAGUCCGAAGAGAUCUCAAAAUGCAGAAAAGAGUUGAAUAUUUAAUUUAAGACGUUUCCGAGCUGUCUUGAGGGACUCUUGUGGGAUUUUAUAGGGGCUCCCGUCACGGGAUCCUGCCGGGGCUCUCGUGGGACGUUUUUCAAUUUUGUGUAGAUUUUUCGGGCCUCCCGCAGGAGUUUAUCAAAAAUCCCGCGGGACUCCCGACGAGACCCCGUGACGGGAGUCCCGCGGGACUUUGGCCGGGAGUCUUGACUAGGGUAUAAAUAUAAAAUGCAAAAAUCUCAAGAGGUCUAAAACGAUUUCUGAAUUUAAAAUAAUGCGCACGCUUCCCUUCUGUCGGCGUUCGCAACCAGUAUAGAUGAGAAACGCUAUGAACUUCUCUGAUUCCACCGAAAAACCAUCUAAUUUAAUAUAAAGCUAAAAGCUUUCUGCACAUUCUCUGCAGAUUCGAAGGAGGUUGGAAGUAUUUCUAAUUGAUCCGUUAUAAUAGAUUAUCUAUACACUGUCAAUUUUAUUACCCAUAGACCACGAUUUUUGUAUUGUCACAGUUGACUACUAUCUGGCUACUACUUUUUCAGAGUCCAUAGGCUGAAAAACUAUUUGUCAUGAACUCGGACUAGAUUACUCAGAAUUUUGAGUUCAUACAGAGCUCGGACAAGUACAGUGUAUUUAUUAAGAACGACAAGUAAAACAUUUCUUUUUCGUGAUUCUUCAAUUCACGCAAAUCUUCCUGUUUUCAUUUUUGGCUCUGUAUUUGAGUUUGCAUACAUGAGAAGAAACUCUAACAUUACUUUUCUAUGACUCAUAUUUUAUUGCUGUGUGUGUGUGUGAGGUGUUUUCGCUAUCUAGAUGCAAUCAUUUUAUCGGAAUGGCCACAUCACAUAUUGUUUCGUUAUUAUUCAUACAUCACACACUAUUAUUCUUCUGAAUGGGUCUUCUCAGAAUGAAUCAUCUUUUGUGAGCGAAAGAACAGUCAUCUAUUGAAAUAACAAGAAAAUGACUCAUUCUAAGCUUGUUAGAUACACUCAGAAAUUAUUCAUUUUCAAAAAAAGAGUAACAGUGUGUGAUGUGUGAAUAAUAACGAAACAAUGUAUGUUGUGAUCAUUUCAAUAAAAUGAUUGUGUUUUUAGGUUAUUUAUCUAGAUUCAGCUCCACGUACAUUUAGAUGCACGUGGAGCUGAAUUCAGAUAAAUAACCCAAAAAAUUGGGUCGUUUUUGCUUGGGUAGCCAAGAAGUGAAAGAGAAACAUUCGUGUGUGUUUGAAUUGAUAAAUUUAAGCGGAAAAAAAUGAAUCAAGCAUCAGCAGUAUUGAAUUUUAUCUUUUGUGCUGCCAUUUUCUAUAAAUUAUUCAAAUCUCAUAUUUUAUUUUAAGUUGUAGAACUAAUUAAAAUUAUUGAAAUUUCUCUCACGAAAAUGGGAAUGGCUCAUGUAACAAGUGGAAGGAAGAAUUUGAGUUAUCAAGAUCUUACUUUUGAACAAAAUGUGCUCUCUAUGACUCGUGAGCAACUUAUACAGGGAGUCUUGAAACGCAUGCUUAUUCGAGAAGAUGAACUACGUCGAUCACCUGAAAUACAAGAGAGAUAUGCUCAAGCCGAGAUUUCAAAUGAUCAGUCUUGGUUGGAUGUAACACAUGAUCUUCAAAAACAAAUUAUAAAAGAAUUUGGAUUAGAAGAUGAGAUGGAUGAUGCACUUAACUGUCUUCGAUGUGCCACGCAGAUAUAUCCAGAUCUCAAAGAUAUUCCUCUUUAUAUAAGAAAUAAUCGUGCUCGCGAUGGAGAUCUUCAUGUGGGCAGUAUUGCUCCAGAUACUCCAAUAAUUAAAUUAGAUGGGAGCGAGAGCCCUCAUGCUCAAGAUGAAUGGCCAAUUUGCAGCGCAAGAUUUAGUCCACAUGGUAGCCCAAUUCUCUAUAAUCAAACUAUGACUGUUCAAGAUCGAAUUGCUGUAUCAAAAGAUUUUAUGCGUGAUUUUGAUCUCAAGAUACCUGUUGUUUUAGACAAUAUGGCUAACACAUUUGAAAAAAUCUAUUCGCCUUGGCCUUUGAGAAUUUAUAUUAUUGAUCCUUCCAAGAAUUUGAUGUACAAAGCGCGACCAGAUGAACGAAUGCUUGAAUUAAAUGAGCUCAUUCAAUAUCUGGAAGCAAUCUAA